AUGCGCCCGGCGUCGUCCUGCACACAGUGUCGUUCUCGCAAGAAACGAUGCAUUGUGCCACAGCUAGGAAGAUCUUGCUCUCUCUGUACCAGGAAGAAUUGGAAAUGUGAUCUUCUCAACACCGCCACUUCUUUUGACGGGCAUGGGCCAGCUCGGGUUGGCCUGCCAGCUCGUCCGCCGCCCAGCCAGGAGGUCGUCCAACUCCCACAGCCGCAAACUACACCAACUACGCCGGCACGGAGUCCAAAUCUUCCUCCGCCUGCCAUCUGCAAUGAGCUCGUCGACAUCUAUUUCGACCUGAUCGAUGAAAAACAAAUCAUAAUGUUUCACCGCAAUACCUUCAUCACCGCCCAACGCGCCGGGCAGGUGCCUGACUUCCUUGUACUGGGCAUGAUCGCUGCGGUGGCCAGAUUCUCCAACAAUUCCUUCUUCGACGGUAUUCAUCCGUGGGAUAGAGGCAAGCCGUGGCUAAAAGCUGCCAUACAAGCCUUCUAUGCUCGGUCGGAACUGAUCGACCUUGCCUCCCUGCAGGGAAGCAUUCUACUAUCUCACGUGGCUUACGUGGAGGGGGACUCCGCACAAGAGGCACUCCUGGCCUCGCAAGCGAUCCGUAUGGUACAAAUGCUACGUUUACCAGAGAAUCUAAGUCCGGAUCCUAUCCAGCGCGAGAUCGAAAUACGAGCCUUUUGGGAAAUCUGGAUGAUUGAGCAUUGGGAUUCAGGACGCACUCAGAUACCAAGACAACUUACAGUGAGUCCGAACUUCAAGCGGCCACUGGAGGAAGAAGUCUUCCGUAAUAUGGACGCAAGCGACCCCCCAGAGCGGUAUUCUGAAGCGAAUAUCGAAGCCUCGGGCCUGCGGCAAUGUGGCCUAUGGAGUUCUAUGCUUGCAAUGUCCGAGAUACACCUUCAGGUCAUGCGAUUCAAUGACGAGAUAGUCCAGAAUCUACUCAGUCCAGUCAACACGAGGCUGCGGGUCAGAGAGAUAGCGAAGAUGUUGGAUGGUUGGCUUCACGGACUACCGAGUCACCUUCAAGACACUCCAGAGAAUCGACACCGUUAUGCUAGCCGUGGGCUUGGCCGGGAAUUUGCCGUUCAUUGGCUGGUUUACCAUCAUCAAUCCCAGUUAUUGUAUUACCAGUUUCUCAACCAAAAUGUGGAAUUGCCUGAGGGUUGUCCAGACCAUGAAGCUUCAAUGUAUGCCGAUCGAUGCAGAAUGCAUGCGGCGGCGUUGAGCCAAGUGAUGUGGGAUACACAUUCGGUCCCUGGAAUGGAGUGUCUCUGGUCCCCUGUCAAUGGACACCUCCUGGUGGUCGCGUCGUCUAUCCUUCUAUAUACUCUGCUGUUCGAUACGGAUGAUAAAAGUAUCGCCAGAGCAAGGACGCUACUCGAGCAAAAUUUCAUCAUCCUACUUCAAUUUCGCAAGUACUGGUCCUAUGUCGAACUAUCAAUGACCCGCUUACGCGCUUUCCAUCGCGCUUGCCAAAUGAACAGCACGAAGGAGAACUUCAGUAUAGAUCAGUGGAUGAUAGAUUUCCUGAACCGCUACGAUGCACAGAUAUCGGACAGAUAUAGCGACGACAUCCGUCCGCCGCCCUCCGACGCCCAGAUCGCGGGUGGCAAUGCCCCUUCCGUCGACCUGUGGCUACAACUGUCCGAAGUCCGCCGUUGA